AUGACUGCGGAAAACUUUCAUUUUGUAGAUAGUGGGAGGAAUCUCAAGAACAAUAAAAUUCUGGAAAUGCAAAGCAAUGCUUUCAGAUACCUAACUGGUGUUGAGAUAAUACAUUUAGACGACAAUUCAUUGCAGACAAUUAAGAGUGAAACUUUUGUGAAUAUGACUAAACUUAAUAUCCUGUCCCUAGAUUCAAACGGUUUAAUCUGUGAUUGCAGAAUCCAUUCGUUUUAUCUUUGGUUAUUGCAGCAAACACAAACAAAUGCACAUGGUGCUGUUUGUUCUAACUUAAAUGGACAAAUGAUCAAAGAUAUUCCAAAUGUUGAGGAGUGUAAAGAGACGACUCCUGCAACAACAGAAAUCUUAGAUAAUGAACCGACAACCUCCACAAUCCUACUUUUGAAAAUUACCAAGGAAAUAAAGAUGACUUCUGCGACAACUGGAAUUGUGAACAUUGAACAGACCACUGACGCAAGGUCGUCAAAACAUACAGUUAAUAAUCAAGGCGUUAUAACAAUCCCAAUUCUGUUAGGGAUUAUAGGCUGCACUGUUUCGGUUAUGGCAUUUAUCACAAUUAUUAUAUAUAUUGUGAUAAAGGCUAGAUGUAAAAACAAACAAGAAGGAACCAUUGGUUUCGAUCAUACUAUAACACCAAACCGUUUAUUCAGCGAGUAUGAUAUUCCUCAAGAAAUGAUUUGA